AUGUCUGAAGAUGAGAAAGCAUCAUCAUCAACAUCAAACUACAAUCCAAAGCUUAAUGGUGAAAUUCAUUUGGCCAUCACUACAGAACCUUCGGAAGUAUGUAUCAAUGAUUAUAGAUAUGCAUCAUCGCUAUGUGAUCAUCUCUUCACACUUUAUCGCGAUGCACAACAUCGAACAUUUGUACUACAAUUUCUUCCAUCAUUUGUUAUAGCAUAUUAUGAUGUUCUUUAUCAUCAUCCGGAGUCAGAUGAUGCUAUUACUAUUAAGGGUGUUCUUGACGAUGGAUAUGCGGAUAAAAUAAAUGAAUUUCGUAUUCCAAAUUUGACUUUACCAUCAAUCUAUCAUAUACCGAAUCCUGAUCAUUAUGCACCUACACCACUUACUCAACAUGCAAUAUCGAAACAUGAAAAAAAAUGUGAAGUUGUCCGUUUACAAACAUUUCUUCCAUUUGAUUCAGUCAAUGCAACUACAAGAGAACAAAUUCUUUGGUUUCUUCUUAUUCAAUAUGGUAUGAAUGUAUCAGCUAUGGAUACAUCGUCUCGACAAGCUUAUUUUGAAAUGACAAAAAAAUUACUUGGCCAAGGUUUUUCGUUCGAUGAGAAUAUUUCAACGAAAAAAGAUAGACCUAUUUUACCACGAACUGGCCGUCGUAUACAUAUAUCAAGUCGAAUAAUGUCAGAAAUUUUAGGAACAUUAUCCUAUCUAAAAGCUAAUUCAACAGGUAAGGAAGCAGCUGAAUGUAUGCAUCUAUUAAAACAACGAGCUGAAUAUGAAAUGUAUGCUGAUGUUAUUUUAAUGACGGAAUCUAUGAGUUAUUUACACGAAUUUGAAACACAACGACAUACAAAACAAGAUACAAUUGGUAUUGAAAUUGAAUUACCACCAACAAUUGAUAUGGUGAAACAAAAACGAACAGCAACAACAACACGUUCAAUGAAAAGUCGACAGCGUUCACAUAAAAGUUCUCAUCAUCAUCAUCAUCAAACCGAAACAGCUAUUAUUGAGAAUGAUUUACCGAAUGAUACAAUAGAACAUUUAGCUUUUGUCCCGGCGCCGAGUGAUGCAUCACCAACAACAUUAACACCACCAACUAGUCAUCGACAUAAAUCAAUACUUGAUGUAUUAGAUGAAAAUUCACCAACAACUGAAUUUAUUCGUUCAACAAGUACAAAUAUAUCGCUAUGUACUGAUCAUGAAAAUGAAGAAAUGAAUUCAUUAUUGAGUGAUACUACAAAAACAAAUAUAUCAUCAUCAAUUGGACCAGCAACAUCAAGUCCAUCUCCAUCAUCAGCACGUCAUUAUAAACCAAAAUCUUUAACAUCAACUCAAACAUAUUUUAAUACUAUUCAACUACAACAACGUGCAUCAUCACCAAAUAUGCAACAAGUUCAAACAAUUAUACAUAAUUAUAAUAGUGAUGAUGAUUCAAUUCAAUCACGUACAUCAAGUAUGAGACAUGGAGAAAAAAAAGAAACAUUUACAACAGUUCGAUUUAUGGGAACAGAUGAAAAUAAAACAAAAGCUGCUGAAACUUAUCUUUAA